AUGUUCAAGGCUACUCUUCGCCUUGGACAGAUGAAAAAGCAAGGAAAAGACGGCGAUCUGAAAAAUAAGGAUGGAAGGUCAGAUCCAAACAAGAUGAGCGGCCUGCAAAAAGCGGCUCUCGUGUUCCCGUAUUGCAAGGUCGUCGCCGGCCCAAAUGGACGAUUGGAGCGAGGUAGCGAGAGCGAGAGAGAUGUAAUGUUAAACUGAUUCUGUGUUUGGAGUGUAGGGGAAUGAACGACUAUUUAGCAAUGGCGCCAGGAGCCUAGAGACUGCGUGCAAACGGAGACGCAGACAUCCGGAAGCACCGUCGAUACGGGUCUUGAAGGAAUCUCCGUGAGCUUUACGGUACGUGUAAGUCGGAAGUGA